UUAAUCAACUCCGAUCCUUCCGUAUAAUCUAUAAACGACAGGAGAAUGUUGUAGCAAAGGAGUUGUCUGCGGCUUCGUCCUUGUUAGGAAAAACCACUGUCUUAGACUGAGAGUAAAUGUUUUGGACGAGAUUUGGCUAGUGCUGAGGUUAGGAUGACAUCAAGUGCAUCUGCAUCUGCAUCUAUAUCUGCUGCGGAAAAGAGGGGCAUUCCUGCGGCUUUAUUUGUGGAAGAUGUGCAGACAUUCCUGAAUUCAACUGCCUCUGAUGCAACAUCUGCCCUCACUGCCCUCCAAGAAAGGCUUCAGCAUUACAAGCUAGCAGAAAUGAAAUUGCUGGCCCAGCAGAGAGAUCUGCAGGCAAAGAUUCCCGACAUUAAGAAAUGCUUAGAAAUUGUGGAAGCACUUCAAACUAAGGAGCAUACAGGCGAGGCAACCACAGUGGAUUUUGAACUUGCAGAAGGUAUAUACACUCAGGCUCGUAUUGAGGCAACUAACUCGGUAUGUCUGUGGCUGGGUGCAAAUGUUAUGCUAGAGUACCCCUUCGAUGAGGCUAUUGAUCUUCUGAAAAAGAACCUGGAGAAUGCUAAUUCUAGUUUGGGAGCCAUUGUGGAAGAUUUGCAGUUCUUACGGGAUCAGGUGACAAUAACACAGGUAACCAUUGCUCGAGUUUACAACUGGGAUGUUCAUCAGCGCAGAAAACAACGGCAACCAGGGACAGAUGUUUGAUUUUGUUUUAUGACAGUAUUCUGCAAUCUAUUUUCUUUCCUUGAUCUUUAGCCAGCCUUUAAUGAUGUUUCUUACAUGAUGUGCUCUUCUUUUUGGACUGUUAGCUCCAUGUAUCCAUGUUUCCUUCAUCUUUUUCAUCAAUACUCAUUAUAUCACUAAGAACCUCUCAAAAUAUAGAAAAAUGGUUUUAAUUGACUACUCUUUCCGAUUGUUUUGGAAGUUCUACAACUAAUCUAUAGCAGCUUUUGAAGUUCUCUGGAAAUCGCCCAAUGCUUUUUCUCGGGUAGAAUGUUUUGGGUUGAAGAGUACCAUGUGAAGUAUCUUUAUUCUACUAAAUUUAAUUAAUAUUAUUUUUCUUUUUCACUCCAA